AUGCCAAAGCCCCUUUUCCUCACGCGGCCUCUGGACUCCCCCCACCAGUCCCUCCUCUACCUCUUCAUAGCAUAUAAGUCCCUAGUCCUCUUAAUCGCCCUCUUCAGCCCUGGCCCCGGUUACGAUACAUCUGCCAGCCUUCUCACCCUCCCUGUCAACGAUGGCUCAUCCCUGACCACCUUUUUCGAGCUUGUUGCUGAGAAACUGACAUCCUGGGAUGCCAUCUACUUUACCACAGUUGCGAGACGCGGCUAUCUCUAUGAGCAAGAAUGGGCAUUUGCAUGGGGCUGGACGAACUUGAUAUCCUUUUUCUCCUCCGAUCUCGGCCAGACCUCCCUCGCAUACCUCCCACUUGAAAGUCUUGUAGGUGCCACCAUCGCCCAUGCCUCCCACGGCCUCUCGGUCUUCGCGCUCUACCACCUAGCCUGCGCCAUCUUUCCUGGCCCAUCUGGGCCACAGCUAGCUUUUAUCGCUGGAUGCCUGCACAUCCUCUCACCGGCCGGGAUCUUUCUCUCCGCUCCGUGCGGUGAGAGCACUGCUGCAUUUUUGACCUUUGCCGGGGUUCUGUUUUUUGCCUGGGGUGUGCCUGUCGGUGGUGUGUCGUCGGUGAGGCAGGAUGGGUUCGUGGUGCUUGCGGGUGUGACGCUGGGGUUGGCAACCACUGUGAGGAGCAAUGCGCUGCUAAACGGCAUUGUUUUUGCAGAGGAGGCGGUGCUAGUUGCCUGGAGUGUUACAAAGGGGUUGACGGUCCAGAAAAUCAGACGAUUGGCUGCUGUAGGAGCUGGUGGAUGUUGCAUUGCUGUCGGUUUCUUGCUACCACAGUACAUUGCGUACCAAGAAUACUGCUCUUCCGCCUCACCCCGGCCGUGGUGCGCGAGCUUGGCUCCUAGUAUUUACACUUUUGUGCAGGAACACUACUGGGACGUGGGCUUCCUCCGCUACUGGAAAGUAUCCAACAUUCCGCUCUUCCUUCUUGCGGCGCCGGCCCUCAUGAUUCUUUUAUCCUCCGGUCUCCGCACAGCAGACCUCACAUCAAGGGAAACCACCAGACCCUCGCACAAGGUUGACCACUACAAAGUGACUCCGACCGAACGCGCCCUCUCACAACGCACGAUCCGCCUGCUCAGGAGUCUGGCGUAUCCACAGAUUGUUCUCGCAGUGCUCGCGAUCACCAAUUACCAUGUCCAGAUUAUUACGCGCCUAGCAUCUGCUUCGCCCGUGUGGUAUUUGUGGCUGGCAUAUAGCUUACUAGACGCUGGACAGGUUGAGGGGAAGGCGAAAGUAAGAAAUAUGUGGCCCAACAACAACUUCGGAAGCAACAAUUUUGGAAGCAACAGCGCGCCCACCCACAGCGGCGCCAGGGACAACAAUAACAACAAUCAAAGCAACACCAACCAGGAGAACUACCAAGGAGGUGAGAUCAACCAGGGUAGCGAAGACUUUGUUAACUACCCUCACCAUACUGCUGGCUUCCCAGUGUAUCCACUAUUUCCGUUUGAAUAUUACCCGCCGCCAAGUUCAAACUAUUUCGGGGGUUACAUGCCAAACGUAUUCCAUCCAAUGCCUGGAUUUGGGAACAACGAGUUUAUACAAGCCUCUUUCACCAAUCCAGCCAAUCCGGAGCAGGCCAUGGAGCCUCUUGCGCUGGCCCGUCCUGGUGUAUCAACUCACUCUGUUCAAGCAACUCGGUCCAUCACAUCAGCUCGGCCCGACACACCAACUGAACCUGCUGCGUUACGCAAACCUGUUGCUAACAUGGCUCUGAACUCUAGGGCGGAGGAGCUAAAGGCCCAGCUCAUAAAGAGCAAAGAGGAACGUGCCAAGGCCAAAAAUGCGCAGAAAUCAGAUGGAGCUGUCGCCGGCACUCUCGAUCCAACGUCACUAGAGAUGGCGAGUUUGCUUCGAGGCUCUCCUACUAUGCCCAGAAAUCAGCCGAAGGGUCCCAGGAGUUGCUCUAUCGUGUCCUCUACUGGACCAAAAAUUAUUACAAAGGAAAUUAUUUCAGGCAAUACUGGACCUAAUUUGGCACGAAAAACUUUGGCCUGCGACAUAUUAGGAAGACCCAAGGCUGACGAGAAUGAGGUUGCAAAACUCAUUGAGGCUGGCAGAGCUGCUGUUGAAGAGAACUGCAAGAAGAAUCUGAGUUCCAAUGGAUUGCCUACUUCAGGGAUUGGACCAUCGCCGGAUGCCACUAAAGUUGUACAAAACACUGCACAAUCAAAAGGAUCCCAAACGCAGCUUAAUUUGAUGCAUUCAAAACCAGCUUCAACUCAGGCCAGAGCUUCUCAAGAUAUUGAGCAGAGAAGAACUGUACCCAAAGAAGAGCAUGAGAAGGUUCUGACGGAUGAGCUUGUUCUAGAGGUUGUGAGGAAGGAAAAAUUGCCAUCGACACCCAGUGCUGUGGAAAUGCAAGGUCUCAUUGGGUUCCACAGGAGCGCAAUUACACCGGACAAGAAGCCUGCACCAAGACAUGAAUAUUCUGGACAACGUGGAUCAAACGCAAAUACGAUUGACAAGCCUCGACUUGACAGCUGUGGCAAGGACAAAGAUAACUCAAAUGCAAAUAAUAGGAAUAGUAUCAACAUGAUUCAUAGCCCGAAGGAAGAAAAACAUUCACCACUGGAGAAAGUUCUCCUGAGCAACGAUGAUCUCCGCGACUGGCUCAAGCUAACUAAGUGGGACAAUCUUGCUCACCGCAAACGCGCCCUCGGGCGCCACCGCGCCAUCAUCGCCAUCAACACGGAAAAGGCCACGGAAAGGGCACACCUCCUCGAGAGUGCUGCCAAAAUCGAAGCUUUAGACAAGGAGAAGGCCAAGUUAGAGGCUCAAAUGACAGACGACGAAGAUGUAUUUGCCGACAGGUUCCCUGGACGCUCCAAGACGAGAUCAACUGCGAGAGGGGGUUCCGAUGAAGACUCUGUGAACUCUCCAGGCCAGGUUACAGAGCCAACCCCAGCCUCAGUCGCCCCCAGGAAGCGCUCCUUCUCUACCUUCUCUAACACCAACCACGUCUCUGUGAGGCCCAAGAGCCGCCGGCACUACGCCUCUGAUGUACGGAGAUCGAGCCCCAGCAACUCGGGACAAGAGCUCUUCCACGACCGCCACGACCGCCGUGGCCGUUCUCGUGAGCGCCGCAGCUACGAAGACCGUCGUGACAUGUCGCCCAGUCUUAAGUCCUUCCUGGAGCGUGAAGAUACCCGUGAAGAACGCGAAGCUGCAGCCCGUCGCCAUAACACCGGAUUUCGUGGUUACCACCGUGAUGAGCAUCGCCCUUACUGCGGUUAUCGCUGGAGAGGCCGCGGCCGUGGUAGAGGCGAUUUUGAUGAGCGCCGAUAGUUCAGACACCGAUUUGAGAGGGAAGGUGGGGUGGAGACUCGAGGGCUUGGUGGCGGGGUUGCGGCUUCGGGGAAAUUAUUAUUAUUUGAUGUUUUUAAUGGCUAGUUGUUUUGUGUGGUACCCUCAAAAAAAUACAUUCUGAC